AUAAAUUAUAUAUUCUCAGUGAAUAUAUAAUUUAUUAAAAAAAUAAAAUUCAUCAGUGAUUUUGUUGAAAAUUUGUAUUCAUCAUGAUUUCAUUACAUCAAAAUUACAAUGGAACACAUCAAAUUAGAAUGUCAAAAGAUCAUCGAUAUCGCUAUAAAUUCACCAUUUUAAAAAAGAAAUUGUCUGAACGGGGUCGUCUAGGGAUUGCAAAUAGCUUAAUACUUUUAAGUAAUUAUGGUGGACAAGAUCAAGCUAUAAAAAGGUCAUAUUCUCCAGGUGAAGUUCGUUGCAUAUUUGGUAUAAAUAAUAUUAGUUGCGUACCCGAGUAUAGCUCAUUGAAUCAUGUUGCACAAAUGGUUUGCGAUCCAGUUGAAUGGCGGCGAAUGCUAGAAGAUGAUAUUGCUCAGAAAAUAGAAAAUAUAAAUCGCUGGAAUAAUGAAACACAACAAUUUAAUCAUCACUGCUACGAUCAAUCAGAAUUAAUGUCGUUGUAUGGUAUUACAACUUGGCCAACCACUUAGAAGACAAAAAAUACACAAUAAAGAGGCGUCA